CAACAUCCUCAUCACCCAGCUCACACUCGCACUCACCCAGAGAGAAGCAGCUGCCAGGCUAGCUAAUCGACCAAGGCUAGCACAUCGUGGUCGGUUCCGGCGGGAGGAGGAUCGAUGGCGUUCAUGCGGUACCGUGCGCUGCCGCAGGGGGAGGUGACGGCGGAGGAGUUCUGGGCGUGGCUGGGGCAGUUCGACGCGGACCACGAUGGCCGGAUUAGCCGGGACGAGCUGCAGCGCGCGCUGCGGAGCCUCAACCUGUGGUUCGCGUCCUGGAAGGCGCGUGAAGGGGUGCAGGCCGCGGACGCCAACCGCGACGGCGCCGUCGGCAAGGAGGAGGCCGGCCGGCUCUUCGCCUACGCGCAGAGGCAGCUCGGCGGCAAGAUCACCCAGCUCGGCUCCUACUGAUCAGGCUGGGCAUGAGUUAAUCUGCUGCUGUAACUACGAUGGUGUGUGGAGUACGAGAUUUUUUUUCCCCAAAUGAUGUGGAGUUUGAGAUGGAUGUUUGUGUUUGCGGAGUUCUUGGGACAACCUUUGCAGUGGUUUCCCAAGGGUCUCCUAUACUUUGUAUUUUCAGCACUGCGAACUCUGUGGAGAUUUGCAAAGUUGUUAGACAUGAUGGACGUUUCUCCAA